UUCACUUCGCGUUUGCAUUGUUAAAAUUUUUCCUCCAGUCCUGUUUAUUUCCUCUUAGGUUUUUACGUUACCUAUCCAUAUAAUCCCUUAUAUAGAGUCAUCUUACUUGGCUCUUUCACCAGAAGAGAUUUUCACACUUGGCCGUUCACAGAUACACGUUCUAACUGCAAAAAAUGUUUGGACGUAUUUUGACCAACAGUAAAGUGAAUGGUUUUGAAAAUUUUUGUUAAGAUCUCUUAUAACGAUCAAGUCAGUUUCACUAAUGGAGCGAUUUCACCAGAUCUUAAACUCAGUAUGUCUGAGAAAAAGCGGAAACGGUUGAAUGGUGACAGGUUUGAUGAAGAUCCCUCAAAACCUACACCGGAAGAAAGUAGUGUUGCAAAUUACCUACAUAAAAAACUGCCGUCAAAAGAAGGGCGCCUUUUUGGCAUGAUUGUUCGCGUAUUUGUGGCAAUGGAAGCCAUUGAAUUGCUGAUGGAGUCACCUUGGGCUAGACCAAAUAACGGCUCAAAGCCGUAUCUUUUCACAAGUCAAACUGAAGCAGUGAACUUUAUGGCUACUAUGUUUCAGAAGCAAAUGUUUCAACGUGCAGUUCGUGUAAAGAAGAAACCUUCUAAGCAUCGUGAAGACGCGAAAGCAUCCAAGACAAAGGUGAAGAAACUGGUUGAUGGAAAGUCCAUCCCUAAUAAGUGGGUUACUGAAUCAACUGCAGAUGAAAGUCCAACUGUUCAAGAAUUCGAGUCCACAUCAACCAAAUCUAGUAUUUUCUCAUCUAUAUCUUCCAGUAUCAAUGAAAUCACAAAGUCAUCGAGUAGCUCUAGAAAACCGAUGCGAUUAGAAGUUGUCGACGAGCAAACAUUUGUCCUAGAUGAUCCACAGUCAUUUUACAUUUGGAUCUAUGAACCACCACCAGGUCUUUUCAAUUGGUUAGCUGGUGCAGCUUUAAUUAUCUGCAUCAUAUUGUGUUGUCUAUUCCCUAUCUGGCCGUCAGAAUUGCGUCAAAGCGCUUACUAUCUAACAAUCAUCGGUUCAGGAUUUUUAGGUCUCUUAUUUUUUAUAGGAUUAGUACGUUUUUGUAUUUAUUUACUCGUUUGGUUAUCCACACUUGGUCAGUAUAACUUUUGGAUAUUUCCUAAUUAUUUUGAAGAUUGCGGGUUUUUUGAUUCAUUUCGUCCGUUGUAUUCAUUUAAGCACGUGUCCGAUGUUCAAAUACCAUUGAAUAAGAAAGGGAAAUCAAAAAUGAAAUCGUCUAGUAAUAAUAAUAAUACUGCUGUCGCUACUACUGCCACCGGUAAUCAUAGUAGUAUUGUCUGUAGUAGCGAUCCAAAUGAUAUCCCAUCACUAUGUACAGAAACAGUGGCAAGAUCAUCUGAAGAAGAAGUUAAGCUGAAGAAAAAUAUCUGAAAACUGCAUAUUUAGUAUGAAUGAAUUCUACUACUUACUGUACUACAACUUGUCUCAUUGUUUUCAUUUCUCACUUUCAUCUCUAUGAAGAUUGAUGACUUUAGUGUAAUUGUAUUGUCUUCACAAUAAUUUUUUGUCUGUCUUAAUUACCCUAUUUAUGUUUGCCUUUUUGUUUUUUUAUUCUCCUUUUGUUUUCUUUUCAUAAUAUUUCAGUCAUUUCGAUGUGGCCCUCUUCUUUUGUUUGCGAUUCUCAGAAUUAAAAAUUUAUAUAUAUGUGUUAUGACU